AAUUAUUAUUGCCAUCGUUAAUGAAGAAAAUAAGUUCGUAGAUUCAAUCACUUAUCAAUAGAAAUAGCUUUUAAGAACCUUCUUUAAGCAGUGAUAUUAAAUCUUCACGAAGCAAUUUAAAAACAGCAAAGACAGAACGACCUUAAUCUAAAAAUAAAAAAAAUGACUUAUUAGAUUAUUUAAAAAAAGAAAGAAAUACAAUUACACGAAUGGUAAAUUCUGUAAAGAAUACUUUACAAGGAAGCAAAAGCAUAGAUAAUUUAUAAACGUAAAGUUUGAAAAGCGAACGUUUAAAGAAUGGGCAAUUAAAUGUAUAUAUUAUGAUGAAAAUUCUAGAAUGGAAAUAUGAAUGUUUAAACUGAUGAUGGAAAUAAUACAAAAAGGUAAAUACUCAAAUAAAAAAAUUUAUCUCUUGCUAUAAUUUCAUUAGAAGUAUGCUUAAUGAGUUUAUUCUUUAUAGAAUCAACUUUUUAAAUAGUCGCAAUCCAUUAAAUAAUCUUACAAUCAAUCCCCUUAAAAUUAAAUAAAUUCGCCGAUAAUAAAAAAAAAAGAUUAAUAUUUAUUUGAUAUGCAAAUAGUAUAACUAUUGAAAUAAUAUUAUGUAGUUAAAAAAUAUGAAAAGUUCCUAAGAUGAUCAUUUAAAGAAUUCUUAAAUAAAAUAAAAUAAAUAGUCUAUUUUAUCUGAUGAUCCAUCAUAUCAUCGAUAAUCCAUAGAGUAAAUGCUUUAAAAUAAAAACUAAUUUAAAUAAGUAUAAAUAUCAAAACCAUUUCAUGAGAAAUAACCAGAGAAUGAAACAAAAUCAAUCAAUUAAAUUCAUUUUAAGACUGAAGCAUGUUCAUCUUAUAUACCAUAAAAAUAGUAAAAUAUAGAUGAACCUUUAAAUUAUGAUUAGGAAUAAUAAUUAAAGAUUAUAUUAUAUUAUAAAUAAUAGAAGUAAUUAAUCUUAAGUAUUUAGGUAUCAUUAUUUAUUUAAAUACUAAAAUAAAACUACUGAUGAUCUUUUUAAUUAUCUGAUAUAAUAAAUAGGUAGUAUUGAGAAAUAAUUUACAAAGCUUGGAGGAGGAACAGGUUCUACAGAUGGAGAUUCUAUUUAAUAAGGUAUUAUAUUGAUAAUUUUUAGAAUUGAAUAAAAUAAAUUAAUUCUUAACAGUAUCAAAAAAUAUUCCAUAUGACUAUUAUCUUACGUUAAAUAAUUUGACUUUGGAGGUUUUUAAAGGAUUAACCCUAGAAUUAUAACCUUUUUAUUCUUAGCCAAUAUAAACAAAAAGAGUAGGAUUGAAAGAUUUUUCAUUGAUAAAAUGUAUAGGUGUAGGAGGAUUCUCAAGAGUUUACCUGGUAAGAAAAAAAGAUAAUGGAAAGUUUUAUGCUUUGAAACUUAUUGACAAGAAAUUUAUAUUUGAAAAUUCAAAAGAAAUUAUAGUUUAGAAUGAAAGAGAUAUUAUGACUAAAAUGAAUAAUCAAUUUAUUACACCAUUACAUUAUUCAUUUGAAACAAAAUUUUAUAUUGCUUUUGUUUUAGAAUAUUGUGCUGGAGGGGAAUUAUUUUAUCACUUAAGAAAACUUAAGAGAUUAAGUGAGUAGGAUGCAAAAAUAUAUUUUGCAGAAAUAUGUUUAGGAAUGUCUUAUUUACAUUCUUUAAAUAUAGUGUAUAGAGAUGUUAAGCCUGAGAAUAUUCUAUUAGAUCUCUAAGGUCAUUUAUUAUUAAGUGAUUUUGGAUUAUCAAAACCAGAAAUGACACCAAAUGAUUUUGCUUAUUCAUUUUGCGGAUCGCCAGAAUAUAUGGCUCCAGAAAUGUUAAUGAAAACAGGACAUAAUUAUUUAGUUGAUUGUUAUUGUUUAGGAGCAUUAUUAUAUGAAUUAGUAACAGGAUUACCUCCAUUCUAUUCACAUAACACUUAAGAUAUUUAUAAUUCAAUUUUAACUGAAUAAAUACAAUUUCCAAAUUACAUUCACAUUUCUCCUCUUUUGAAGGAUUUAAUAUAAUAAUUAUUGUGUAAAAAUCCAGAUGAAAGACUUGGUAAUUAGAAUGGAAUAAUUGAAAUCUUACAUCAUAAAUGGUUUUAAGAUAUAGAUUUCAAAGCAAUUUUAAAUAAAAAUGUUAAACCUCCUUAUAAACCUUAACCUUUAUAAUAUAAUUUCGAUGAGGAAGAAUUUAACAAAGGAGAUGCUGAAUUUAGAAGAUAAUUUCAAAUUAAUUUAUAAAAAGAAUUUUAAGUAUUAAUUAAUAUUAUUCCUUAAGAAUGUUGACACUGCAAAUUAUUUAUUAGAUGAUUUCUAUUACUCAAGAGAUAGUGGGGAAGAAUAAGAAAAAUCAAGAAGAACUAAUGAAGUUGAUUUGAAUCAGUUAACAAAUUAAGCUCUUUUAGCUGAACCAUUUUCGUUAAAUUAAUCAAAGAUUCAAUCACCCCUGUUAGAUUAAAAUGAAUCAAAAUUGUCUCCAUAAGAUUUAAAACCUAAUAUUGGAACAAAAGGAAAAAGCGAAAUUAAUGAAAAUUUACAAAAACACGAAGUUGUGGCAAAACCAUCCUAACUUUAGCAUUAAACUUCUAAAUUAGGUCAUAAUUAUUCAAAAACUAUGUAAUAGGCAUAAAGCUCACUUUAAGAUUUCAAAGUAAUUUUUACUUUACAUUUUUAGUCAAUAAAAUUACUGAUUAAUUAAUCUAAGACAUAAUAGAGUUCAGAUCGAAUAACUACUAUGCCUGAUUAAAAUAAUAAAAAAGUAAUAGAAAGAGUAAAAACAGAGUAGUUUGGUAAUUUAGCAUCUCCAAAAACAACUACUGCUAGUUCUGUACAUAAAAUGAGUAAUUUUUAAGCAUUAUUUGGAUCUGAAAAACUAAAGAAAAAAUUUUUCUGAUUAAUUAAAG